AUGUCCACCCCCGACCCACCCGUAUGGGCCGCACCCAACGAUGUAGAAGCAUUCAGACAGAUGUAUGAGGACGACUCUACUGAACUAUUCGAUAACAUCGCUACCCUCGUCCAGCGCAUAAACCGGCUCAACCUCGACCUCAAUGUCGCCCGCGCUGCCCCCGCCCCUACCGUCGCUGUCCCUGCUCCUGCUGCUCCCCCACCUGCUCCUGUCCCCGCCUUCAGGUCCGAAAAGUUUCCAGACCCUGAAAAAUUCGAUGGCACCCGCACCAAGCUCCCCGGAUUCACCACCCAACUUCGAAUGAAACUUGAAGUCAACCACGAUCGGUUCCGAAACGAAGCAGCAAAGGUUAUCUAUGCAGUCAGUCGCUUGGAAGGAAGGGCCCUUGACCAGGUCGUUCCACUCGUCAACGCUAACCCUGCCGCCCCCUUCUCCUCCGUCACUGCCUUUGUUGCCCACCUGGAAGCCUCGUUUGGAGACCCGGAACCCCGGGGUACCGCCCGUCGCCAACUCGUUGCCCUGAAGCAAGGCAAAGGGGAUUUCGCUACCUAUUAUUCGCAGUUCCUCCGCAUCGUGGCAUACCUGGACUAUAACGAGGGAGCCAAGAUCGAUGCCCUGGCCGAAGGACUGUCAGAAGACUUGAAGGACGCUAUGACCUACCGGACAGACAGGCCUAACACUGUCGAAGCCUAUGCCACCAUGUUGAUGACAAUCGAUAACCAGGUUCGGGGCCGCAAAGCUGAACAAAGGGCCAUUCGAAAUACAAUGGGACAAUUCACCGCCCCCGCUGCUGUCGCACACCCAUCUCAUACCGCCGGAGGCCUCGUCCCAAUGGAUCUUUCCGCUCUCCAAAGCCGCCCCACUCAACGACCUGCCAUUAAACAACGAUACACUUUUGUCAAUGGACAACGCAAAACCUCUGCCGCUGAAAAGCAAUGGCGAAGGGACAACAAUCUCUGUAUGUACUGUGCCAACCCCGGUCAUCUUUUUGCCAACUGCCCCUCUGCCAAUCGCCCGCGCGGUAACCAACCGGUUAUGAGAGGCGCCCUCCUCGCACCCAGCCAUACGGCCGUCGACCCCGCUGCUCCACCGGUCGCUAUCCCGGGCUUGAUUAAUGGCCCCUGCCCGGGACCUUUCAAUGUUUCUCCUUUGUCUGCGUUUUCUAUCUCUGGCUUCUCGGUAUCGUCUGUGGAGGAUAAAUUGGAUGGGGAUCAUCUUGUUGCUUCUUGUAAAAUUAUAAACAAUAAAACACCCAUUCAAACUCACGCACUGAUCGACACCGGUUGCUCCGGAUUCGCAUUCAUUGAUGAAACAUUCGCGCGCCAUAACAACUUCCCAUUUCUCCCCCUUAAAUCACCCCGCACUCUUGAAGUCAUCGACGGUCGGCCUAUAUCUUCUGGACAAAUUACCCACCUCUGCUAUCUGCCGCUAUCCAUUGACUCCCACCAUGAAACGACCCCCUUCUUUGUUACCAAACUCGGCUCAUACCCACUCGUCCUCGGAAUCCCCUGGCUUCAAUUGCACGAUGCAACAUUACGGUUCAAGGACAAUAGCAUAUUAUUCGACUCCGAGUAUUGUAAACGCAAGUGCAACUCUUCCUCGAUACCCGUUCCCAUUAGAGGGGUUGCACCACCGCCUCGUUUUCACCUCGUCAGUUCAGCUGCUCUUUGCCGCUUUGCUCGGAGAGACAAACUCCAAAUCUUUAGUACAACUAUUGAGGAAAUAGAUCAAGCAACGGGCGAGGCCCCUAAGCAAGACUGGAGGAACCGGGUCCCAACCCGGUAUAAGAGAUUUCAUAAAAUGAUGGACGAAGAAUUCGCUAACGAGAUGCCACCUCGCCGCCCCUAUGAUCAUAAGAUACCGCUUAAGGAAGGGAAAGAGCCCCCUUUUGGGCCACUUUAUGGUAUGUCCCGCGAAGAACUCAUUGUGCUGAAACAAUACAUACAGGACAACCUUCAAAAGGGGUUCAUUCAGGCCAGCUCUUCGCCUGCCGGUGCCCCUGUCCUAUUUGUUAAAAAGGCCGAUGGAACACUCCGCCUCUGUGUCGACUAUCGUGGCCUCAACGAACUUACUGUCAAAAAUCGCUACCCGCUGCCACUCAUCCGGGAAACUCUCGACCGCCUUUCCAAAGCCAAGUGGUACACCAAACUUGACCUUCGCCAAGGGUACAACCAGAUCCGAAUGGCUGAGGGUGAAGAAUGGAAAACAGCCUUCCGAACGCGUUACGGACAUUUCGAAUACACCGUAAUGCCCUUCGGCCUUACCAAUGCACCAGCCACCUUUCAACAUUUCAUUAAUGAUUGCGUCCGUGAUUACCUUGAUAUGUUCUGCACAGCCUACCUUGACGAUAUCCUUAUUUACAGCGAUACCUUCGAGGAACAUCAAAUACACGUCGAAAAGGUCCUGGAAGCCCUACAGAGAAAUGGAGUAGUUAGG